GAGAAAUGGAGGUGGAUCCGACGAGCACGGUGGGGGGUGGGGUGGAGGACGUGUACGGCGAGGAUCGCGCCACCGAGGACCAACUCAUCACUCCCUGGACCGUCUCCGUCGCUAGUGGUUACACCUUAUUGAGGGAUCCACACCACAACAAAGGGCUCGCGUUUACGGAGAAAGAGAGAGAUGCUCACUACCUGCGCGGCCUCUUGCCGCCGGCGAUCGCGACGCAAGAGACUCAGGAGAAGAAGCUCAUGCACAACCUUCGCCAUUACGAGGUUCCGCUGCAGCGUUACAUGGCCAUGAUGGACCUCCAGGAGAGGAAUGAGAGGCUUUUCUACAAGCUGCUUAUUGACAAUGUCGAGGAGUUGCUUCCGGUUGUUUACACGCCGACGGUCGGUGAGGCCUGCCAGAAGUAUGGAUCCAUUUUUAGGCGUCCGCAGGGUCUUUAUAUUAGCUUGAAGGAGAAAGGGAAGAUACUUGAGGUGCUGAAAAACUGGCCUGAGAAGAGCAUUCAGGUUAUUGUCGUCACUGACGGCGAGCGUAUUUUGGGUCUUGGAGAUCUUGGUUGCCAGGGAAUGGGAAUCCCUGUCGGCAAGCUUGCUCUUUACACUGCUCUUGGAGGAGUUCGUCCGUCAGCUUGCUUACCAAUUACGAUUGAUGUGGGAACGAACAACGAGGACUUGUUAAAGAAUGAGUUCUAUAUAGGGUUGAGGCAAAGAAGAGCUACUGGCCAGGAGUAUAGUGACUUUUUGCAUGAAUUCAUGGCUGCCGUUAAGCAGAACUAUGGGGAAAAUGUGCUCAUUCAGUUUGAAGAUUUCGCCAACCACAACGCAUUUUACCUUCUUGAGAAAUAUCGCACGACCCAUCUUGUCUUCAAUGAUGAUAUUCAGGGCACAGCUGCUGUUGUCCUUGCAGGGGUUGUUGCUGCUCUGAGGUUGGUCGGGGGAACCUUAGCAGAGCACACAUUUUUGUUUUUCGGUGCCGGAGAGGCUGGGACAGGUAUUGCUGAGCUGAUAGCUCUUGCGAUUUCUAAGCAGGCAAAGGCCUCAACGGAAGAGAGCCGCAAGAAGAUUUGGCUUGUGGACUCUAAGGGUUUGAUCGUUAGCUCUCGCAAGGAAUCUCUUCCACAGUUCAAGAAAUCUUACGCACACGAACAUGAACCGGUGAAGAACCUCUUAGAUGCCAUCGAGGCUAUUAAGCCGACAGUCCUGAUAGGGUCAGCUGGUGUCGGCCAAGCUUUCACACAAGAAGUAAUUGAAGCCAUGACCUCUUUUAAUGAGAAGCCCGUGAUUCUUGCUCUAUCAAAUCCGACUUCGCAAUCUGAAUGUACUGCUGAACAAGCAUAUACAUGGAGUAAGGGUCGAGCAUUAUUUGCUAGUGGCAGUCCGUUUGAUCCAGUCGAAUACAAUGGCAAGAAGUAUGUGCCUGGCCAGGCAAACAAUGCUUACAUUUUCCCAGGAUUUGGUCUUGGUUUGGUGAUAUCGGGAGCGAUACGCGUGCAUGAUGAGAUGCUUCUCGCUGCCUCUGAGGCGCUGGGGCACCAGGUAACGAAAGAGAACUUUGAGAAAGGGCUGAUCUACCCGCCCUUCCUGAAUAUCAGGAAGAUAUCCGCAAACAUAGCUGCUAAUGUAGCUGCGAAAGCAUACGAACUUGGUUUAGCGAGUCGGCUUCCUCGCCCGAAAGACCUGGUGAAAUAUGCAGUGAGUUGCAUGUACACCCCCGUUUACCGUAGCUACAGAUGAAGUAACUUGUUUACAAUUUUGUAGAAAAUAUAAGAAAGAGCACUGCAGGUACUUGCUGGUUUUGUAAGAUGUAAUAAUGCAGUUAUUGUUGAGCUAGUUGCUGCCUUCUAGUUAUUCUGCUGUGUCUGUUGGCAGAUAUGGGAUUUAAAAAUAAACUUUUUG